UGCGAAACCAGGAAAAAAAAAACAUAAUCAGAUGUUGAAAAAACAUAACAUAGAUGUUGUAAUUCAGCAAUUUAGAGAAAAGGUUAAACAGGGCCCAGAAUAUGUUUGCUGUGUAUGUCAUAGGUUAUUAUUCCAACAUCAGGUAUUUGAGUGUAAAAAAGAACAGUAUGGAAGGAAGGGACCUGUAGUAGCUUCAUUGGUAGAUAAAUGUAUAACUUUGACAUAUCUUCAUGGAUGCAGGGAUAAAUGUACUGCAGACUGUACUUUAAAAUGGACACAUGCUAAUAAACUAUGGAUUUGUUAUACUUGCCACAGAAAAAUCCUUAGUGGAAAAGUACCUGAAGAAAGUCAAAUUAAUAAUCUACAGUUAGACCCUAUUCCACAUGAACUAAAUACACUUAAUUCUUUAGAGCAACAUUUAAUUGCACAGCAUAUUCCUUUUAUGAAGUUAUUGGCUCUACCUAAGGGAGGACAAAAUGGAGUCCAUGGUCCCGUAACAUGUGUUCCUUCUAACAAAAAUGCUGUUAAUAAUGUGCUUCCUAGGUUAGAAAAUCAGGAUUUAAUGAUUCGUGUAAAAUUAAAGAGAAAAAUCACCUACAAAGGACAUUAUGAAUAUCAGUAUGUCCACACAAAUAAAAUUCAUAGUGCACUAGAAUAUUUAAAAUCUAAUAACAAAUGGUAUAAAGAUGUGCAAAUUAACACAGACUGGACAAAUCCCCUUGAAAAAGAUAAAAAUGAUGAUAAUGAUAUUAGUGAUGAGGGUGAUGAGAUUCAAGACGAGCACAUUAAUGACAAACAACAGCAUGGCAUGUAUUUGGACACAUGUUUGCAGCCCAUAGAUGUUCGACAAGAGAUUUUAGAUCAACAUUUUGACAGUGUCUUAUCAGUAGCUCCAGCAGAAGGUAACAGUCCUGUACGUUUACUUACAGAUGUUACCAAUGAGGCUAAAUGUUUAGACAGCAUAGGCUGA